AUGCCCUGUGGGCCCGCCGCCAUGGAGCUGAAGGUGUGGGUGGACGGCAUCCAGCGAGUGGUCUGCGGCGUCUCGGAGCAGACCACCUGCCAGGAAGUGGUGGUCGCACUAGCUCAAGCCAUAGGCCAGACGGGCCGUUUUGUGCUCGUGCAGCGCCUCCGGGAGAAGGAACGGCAGCUGCUGCCCCAGGAGUGCCCCGUGGGCGCCCAGGCCACCUGUGGGCAGUUCGCCAGUGAUGUCCAGUUUGUCCUGCGCCGGACAGGGCCCAGCCUCGCGGGGAGGCCCUCCUCGGACAGCUGCCCGCCUCCUGAGCGCUGCCCGGUCCGCGCCAGCCUUCCCCCAAAGCCCCGACCCGCACUGGACCGUGAGCCCCAGAAAGCACCGGCCUUCGGCCCGGGGCACCCCAGGCUGGCCUCCGGGCCGGCGCCACCUGAGCCGGUGGCCGCCGUGGCGCCGCUGCCCGGCCUCGGCGGGGACCUGCAGGACCUGGAGCGCAGGCUGCGGAGGAACGCCGCGGAGCUGGGCCAGGAGGCCUUCUGGGAGCAGGAGCUGCGGCGGGAGCAGGCGCGGGAGCGGGAGGCCCGGGCCCGGCUGCAGGCGCUGAGCGAGGCCACGGCGGAGCACGCCGCCCGGCUGCAGGCCCUGGACGCCCAGGCCCGUGCCCUGGAGGACAAGCUCCGCCUGGCUGCCGAGGCCCCCGGGUCCCCUUCGCCCACUGCGUCCACUACCGAGCGGCUGCGCCAGGACCUGGCCGCCCAGGAGCAGCAGAGUGCCGAGGUGCAGGGCAGCCUGGCCCUGGUGAGCAGGGCCCUGGAGGCCGCAGAGCACGCCCUGCAGGCCCAGGCCCAGGAGCUUGAGGAGCUGAACCGGGAGUUACGUCAGUGUAACCUGCAGCAGUUCAUCCAGCAGACGGGGGCCGCGCCCGGCACGCAGGAUCUCAUGUCUCCAGCCAGAGGACAGCCCCUCCCAGGAGCCCCCCGGAGUCCUGCCCUAGUGUCCAGUCUGAGCCCUGAGGUGUCCCCCAGGAGGCAGAACUGGAGGUAG